AUGUGCCACUCUGCAUCAGCGAUCUUCAUCAUCUGUGCCACUCUUCUCUACCAGGGCAUCUAUGCCCAAGAGUUCCACAUCCAUACUCCGCGGUACCAUCAUGACCAGUACUGGUACCAGUCAGCUGGGAAUCGAAUCCCUGUGAUCAGUGGGGGCACCUGCAAGGUGAUCGCCAUCCGGCGCUGCUGUAACCGCAACCACAUCGAGGAGCGGUCCCAAACCAUCCAGUGCUCCUGCCUGCCGGGGAAAGUGGCUGGGACCACACGUGGCAAGCCGUCUUGCGUGGACACCUCAAUCGUGACGGGAAAGUGGUGGUGCGACAUGGAGCCCUGCCUGGCCGAGGAAGAGUGCAAAGCGCUGCCGGACAAUUCGGGCUGGAUGUGCCUGCUGGGAAACCGGGUCAAAACCACCAAGAUCCACCCUAGAUACUGAGGCCCACAUCGCUGAAGGACCAAAGCUUUUGAUUGGCCAAGACCGAUGCCCGCUGACGGCCACCAGGAAGAUGCCAACAGCG